AAUGGCCUCUGAACUUCCUCGGCGGCUUAGACAUCCAAGACGUAUCGCCUAAACGCGACGAUAUGAGAGCUAACCUUCUCAAUCUAUCACCAACUCCGACCCUCGCGGCCUCUGCGCUGACUUAGUCACCUUCAGAGCUGCACGCACGUUCGCCUUCAGGCGCGACUCCCAACUGCCGCGGGGACGGAAUGAGCCAUGAGCAGCCAGGAACGGAUUGAGCAGCGGGAGCUAGCGUUAGCCGGCUAGAUAAGUUAACGUUACGUGCUGGCCGUCGCCAAACGUGUUCAGCCCGACGUCGUUCGCUGUCGCGGUGUUUUUAACGUCAGGAGCACAGGUGUGCUAUGCUGCGCACGCGCCCCGAAAAUGCCCGCUGCUCUGCGCAUUACCGGUACAGGUUACACGCGGGGCCUUAAUGUGCUCGACUGAAAUGUUCACGGUUUGAUCAUCCGAAACCAGAGUUCUAGGCGUCUGGAUUUGCUUUGGCACUAAUACGUUGCAAGACGCCCGCCCGUCGGUGAUCUGCCCCCCACCCCUCCCCGCAGAGUUGUAUGGCUUCAGUCGGACUGUUGUAGGUCGACGAUGGGAGGUUCGGUGUCUUGCUGCAUCUCUCCCGGCGAGAGUCCCAAGAUCCGCCGGAGACAGGUGGAGCUGGAGGAGUGUCCCAUCACCACCGCCGAGGACGUGAGCGAGGACACCGGGACCUACCUGCAGCACAUCAGCGACAGGGAGCUCCCUGACGAACUGGCCCAAGAGUCCAACCCGUCCGACCACCCCAGAGCCAGCACCCUGUUCCUCAACAAGUCGCAGACAGACGUUUCAGUGCGUGAGAAAAGGAAAAGUAACUACCUAAACCACCAGAUGUCCCCCGGGCUCCUGACAAAAAAGUUCAGUUCCUGCUCGACAAUAUUCCUGGACGACAGCACGGUCAGCCAGCCCAACCUCAAGAGCACCAUUAAGUGCGUCACAUUGGCCAUAUACUAUCACAUAAAGAACAGGGAUUCAAACCGCUCAGUGGACAUCUUCGACGAGAAGAAGCACCCUCUGUCGAGAGAGAAGGUUCCGGACGACUACUCCGUGGUAGACCCGGAGCACAAACUGAUCUACCGCUUCAUCCGGACGCUCUUCAGCUCCGCCCAGCUGACGGCCGAGUGUGCCAUCGUCACUCUGGUGUACCUGGAAAGGCUGCUGACGUAUGCUGAGAUGGACAUCUGUCCCUGCAACUGGAAGCGCAUCGUUCUCGGCGCCAUCCUGCUGGCCUCCAAGGUGUGGGACGACCAGGCGGUGUGGAACGUCGACUACUGCCAGAUCCUCAAAGAGAUGACCGUGGAGGACAUGAAUGAGAUGGAGCGUCACUUCCUGGAGCUGCUCCAGUUCAACAUCAACGUCCCGGGAAGCGUCUACGCCAAGUAUUACUUUGACCUGCGCUCGCUGGCCGACGACAACAACCUCAGUUUCCCUCUGGAGCCGCUGAGCAACAAGCGCGCCCAGAAGCUGGAGGCGAUCUCCAGGCUGUGCGAGGACAAGUACAAGGACCUGUGUAAGUCGACCAUGAGGAGGUCCGUCAGCGUGGACAACAUGGCCGGCAUCAAGAACUCGCAGGCCGUGCUGUCUUAAGUCCCACGAGCGGCGCCACAGGCUGGGACGCCACAUCAGAGAGCAUUCGUCUUGAGACGUUUCCAAAGUCUAGAUUACCAUUAAAUCAGUAACGCAAACGUUUACCGUGUAACAUCUCUAAAGUGCAAUGAAUCCGGUCUCUGUGUUUAUUUCAAAGAACUUAAGCUAUCUGCCUUUUUAACGCAUGAUCAUUUGGGGAAAUAUUUAGCAGAUGUGGAAGGAAUCAGCAUGAAAAUGCUUCCUGAAGUCACUCAAUCGGAGGACUUUUCCCCCCCCCGUUUUCUUUCUCAUCAGCCGGUCUCUUGGGGAGUGGCGUCUCCGGCUUUGGCCCCCGUCUCUCCACCGUCCCUCACCUUUUAUUCACACAACGACAGAGCGUCGUGAGCUACCCUGUGGUGUAGUUCUGCACAUGGACAAAGAGUAGACUUUGUUUUGCUUACUGUGUAGGCCCCUAUAGCUGUGAAAUGAAUAGACUUUAUUUAAUUCUAAUAAAUUUCAGUCGCUGUUUAAAGUUGA